AUGAAUAAAUUAAAAAAUAAUGUUAUUAGAAGCAUUCCAAAUCUACAUCAAGAUAUGAAAGUAGAGCAUGGCAAAAUAUUGAGUGCAAUCAAGUCUAAUUAAAUCUAAGAAACAAAAGCUGUGAAAUAUAUUGAUUUGGAACUGAAAAGGAAAAUUAAUACAUCAAUUAGAGAGAAUAUUACAAGUGUAAGCUCAGAGAGAUAAUAACCAAAAAAAGCAGAGAAAAUUGAUGGGAAAGUGGCAACAAUUGUAGAAUUGAUUAAAUAAGACUUGCUUCCAAUUUUGAAUAAUCAAAAUAAUAGAAUUGAGAAAUUAGAGAGGAGAAUUAAGGUAAAGAAUGAUCCAGAAGAUGAUAGCAAUUUAUGUUAGUUUUCAAUUAUAGCUGACAAAAAAUCAAAUUCAGUUGUAGAAAAUGAAAUUUAGAAUUUAUCCGUUAGUGUUGAUGAAAUAAAUAAAAAUUUAACUCGUCUGGAUAAAUUUGUUAAAUAUCAAUUCGUAAAAAGUAAAUGUCAACCUUCGGAAAUACAAGAAAAUAAGAAUAAAAUGAGUGGUUCAUAAAUCUCGGAUAAAUAUAAGACAGAAUGUAGUUAAUAACAAAUGGAAACUUAGUAAACAACUCAAUAAAUUUAAUAAUAUCUCACAGUAUAAUUAUAAGAAAUAAAGCAUUGGAUAAAUAAAUCAUCUAUCUAAUAAUAAAAGGAAAUUGAAGUUAAACUAAAUUUAAUGGAAACUCAAUUUUAUCAAUUUUUAUAUCAGCCACUAGAAGUGUUGAGAUAACUCUAAACAAAUUAAAUGGAUUUUUAGAUAAAGAUUAAAUAAAUGGAAUAAUUACUUAACCCUUAAGUUGAUGUGAAUUGUAUUAAAAAUGAAAUUAACCAUGAUGUAAAUACAAUUCAUAAUGGUCAUUUUUAUCUAAAAGAUUCUUUUUAGAAAGUAGUUGAAGAGAAUCUUAAAGACAUGUAAAGUUAGUAUUGCACAGAAUGUCACACAUAGUUAUAAUUCAACGAUAUCAAUUAGAUAAAAAUUUCAUAAUAAAUAAUGCACCAUAUUUUUGAUGAAUAAAUUAAGAAAUUAAUUGAAUUAAAAAUUGACAUAAGGCAAUGUUUGAAAUGCUAAUUUUAUUAUAUUAAUGAUUAAUUAUGUGAAACUCAGUAAAAUAUGUUAAAUCAAUUAAUAAGCAGUUUAUAUUAUUUAUAUUAACACACUAUAUUUAUAAUGGGUUGUAAUGCACAAAAAGGAAUCAAGAAUCUAAAAUCACACAUCUCUACAUAGCCUGUUGAAUAAUUUGAAGAGAGCGGCACUCUAUGUCAUAUAUGCAAAGUCAACUUAAAAUAGGAAUCAAUCUAUCUUGAUACUUGUGGGCAUUCAUACCAUUCGAAAUGCAUGAUCAGUCUUAUUGAGAAGUAAGUAGAUGUUAAAAAAUAAAAUGUAAUCAAAUGUACAUGCGGAACAAAAACCACAACCAACUAAAUUCGUUAAUCCACUUUACCAAAUAAGCUCAUCCUUUUGAAUUCAUUAUUUAGGAAACAAUUAGAAAUACUAUUGAAAUAAUUGAGAAAAAAACCGGACUUUAAUUUAAUAUUAUAACAAUUCGAAACAUCUGCGUAACAUCCUGAUUUCUAUUUCUUCCCAAAUUAAAAUUAACUUGAAUAUGAAGAAACUCCUUUUUGA